AUGAGCGACCCUCACUACCAACACCCCGCAUACCCUCCCUACGCACCCCCCUCGCCCGGCGCAACCCCCGGCGCAGCGACCUUCUACGCGCCCCCAGAGAGCCUCUACCAGAACCCCCCGUACGACUACGACCCGCACCAGCCCGCGUACACCCAGCCCCCGCAACUGCCCCCUCCGGCGUCGCCGUACGCCUCGCAGUACGACCUGAGCCAGACGGUGCCCCGGUCUGCGCUGGCGCAACCGCCAACCCCGUCAGCGUCAUCCGGACAGAUGUAUCUCAGCCCGGAGUCAGCAGCCGCCGCGCCUCCCCCGCCGGGGGGGCAUGCCGGAAGCAGUGCGGAGUACUACUCUAAUCACCAGGCCCAAGUGGACAUGCCAGACACAUAA